AGGAGUAAGAAAAUUAGUUUCUCGUUGGACUGAACAGCAGAAAGCAGACAGGACAUUUGUGUCAAAAGCGGGUCACAUUGCAACAAUUCCUAUUAAUGAGCAAUGAACUGUUACUGCGGAUUGGUAUACCACCAUUUGUUUGGCAAAAGUCAUCACCGAGCUUCGAAAAAUCAACCCCGAAAGAAGAAUCAUCCUCCAUCAAGACAAUGCAAGCUCGCACACAGUCCAAAAAACAAGGCAGUAUUUAACGGAAGAAAACGUGGAAUUAUUAGAGCAUCCUCCAUAUAGUCCCGAUCUAAGUCCUAACGAUUUCUUUACUUUCCCGAAAAUUAAAAACAGACUGCGUGGUCAAAGGUUCCAGUCACCAGAAGAAGCAGUUGACGCAU